AUGACACUCUGCAUUUUACAGCCCGCACUCUGCAGUACUGUCAUUCACAUUGUGCUGACAGCUGACCUACAGGAAAUAUUCCGUUCUAAUCGUCAUACUAUGACAACCACUCAUAGUUCAUACAUUGUAACACGUGAUUUUGAGAACGCGCACAGAGCCGCUAUAUGCUACACACAUGUGCGAUUUGGCAGAAGACGACUUUCUAACCUCGUUAGAAUGGGUUCACCUAUUAAGUCUCUGAGCUUAAGGGAAGAUGCUGAUGGCUCCGUUUGUCUACAUAAAAAAGUCAAAACAGGAAUAUACAAAUCUGUAUCGGACUUCGGUUUUGGCAUAUUAUAUAUGGUGAAGUUUGAGGGACCUUUGAACAACAUAAGUGGAUAUGUGUUUGAAGUAAACAAGUCUUUGGGAGAAACGCAAAUAUCAAAGUAAGUACUGCAUGCGUUCAUGUUUAUACCUACGAGGCGCCCCCAUUAUAUCGUUUUCGUUCAUUUUAUGGAAAGAGAGUAAUCAUAUGGAAAAUGCUGCAAAAAUGUUUAAUUAGGAAAUAUCUGUGUUCUUACAUAAAAUUUAGAAAGAUUUAAACUUUCAGUGAUAUCUCCAAACUUAACUUCACACACGUUUGAAGAAUAUUUGCUAUUUAUUAAUAUUGUAAAGUUCAGUUGGGGUGCUAAAGCGUAGAUCACACGUGCGCUGACAACGUAACUCAAGCACUUCAAUGGUAUCAGCUCUGGGUUAUCAGUUUGUGGGGUUAAGUCGCUGUUGUAGUUAAUGGGUCGACUAGACCAUUUAGACUGUAAGCAGUCCCUUUAUUUUGAGCUCUGACUGAACUUAGGUCACACGAGAGACUUUUUUCUAGCGCCGGCAACACGACGGGUCAAAUUUCAGACAGUAGCGCAUAAAUCAACUGCAAGCAGCUAAAAUUACGGUUUAUACGCAAGACAUAUAACGCUUGAUGAACAAAUUAAUAUGAACUCGGCAAGUUUGUGCGGGCAUGUUUUUUGUUAUCCUGCUUGCAGCCCGAAAUUUUGUUCAAAGGAAAACCGAAUUUCCUUUAAUUGCGUCAUAAGAUUUGUUUGGUUAUUUGCCGCCUGCAUGGCUUUUGCCGCUUGUGCUCUUGACUUUAGUUCGAAGUUCGAACGCGUAAUAUGAGGAAUUUCGGUUAAAUAUUUAGUUGGGAUUUGCCAAUUGCUUACAUGCGUUUUGCUAAAACAGAAAAUUAGCAAAAGCAAUGUUUGAGGGAAACUGGAAAUUUAGAACAUUUUUCGAACCAGGACUUUUACCCACGACGCACGAUCAAAUUAAAAUUAUUUAACUUUCGGAAACUCGUUCGGGAGUUUGAGUUUUGGUCGUGCGUGCGCAAAAGUCGUGGGUCGAAAAAAUGCUCUAAAAUUCCAUUUUCACUCAGACACUGCUUUUGCUGAACUAAUUUCUGUUUUAGCAAAACGCGUGUAAGCGAUCAAUAUUAUGCGUUCGAACUUUGAACUAAAGCGCAGCAGGAUAUGGCCAGGCAGCGAGUCAAGGAAUGUUGUGACGCAAUUGAAGGAAAUCUAAGUAAUCCGACAAAAAAACAUGCAUAAACACCUAGUAUAAAUCGAUAUCCGACACAAAGUUCAUAAUAAUUUGUUCAUGACCAACAAGCGUUAUAUGUCCUGCGUAUAUAAGCCGUAAUUUUAGAUGCUUUAAAUGGAUUUCUGCUCUACUUUAUCAAGUUUAUAUAAAUUCGUUUCAGAACAGUAGCGAAUGAGGUUGCACUGGGCGGAAAUUAAAUUUGACCAGGCAUUUGACUCGCUGCGUUGCCCGCGUGAGAAAAAAUCACAAACUUGUGUUUUGCGAAAUAUUAGUGGCCAUUUUGAAUUGUUUUAAUUUUCCCGGGCGAUGACUAAGACCGGCAUUCCUGGCGGGCAUCAAGCGUGACGUCAUUAUGCAUAAGGUCGAUUGACCGUGACCAUUGCAAUAAACUGUUUUCAUACCAAAACCAUUUAUUAAUGUCAUAUUUCGCCUUGCAAACAUACGAAGAAGUUAUUUUAAGAUAAAUAUUAAUGCCCAGCAGAAAAUACGUAAAAGAGCCAUAUCAAAAAUAUGGUUUAAAAUAUUUAUUAGAAAGCUAACGUUUCUUCUUUAACUUAAGACAUUACUCUUUUACGUAUUUUCUGCUGGGCAUUAAUAUUUAUCUUAAGAUUACAAUUUCCGCCUGGUUCAUCUAUCGCAAAUAUAUGUGAUGUAUAGUAGUAAUCAGACACUAAAGUUGAUAAUAUAAAAUCACUAGAAAUUGAGGUCAUAAACAUUAUUUAAUUGGCAUUUAAACACAGAGAUUUUAAGGACAGUUACUUAUGUUUUAAGGAUAGGCAGUCUUGAACAGUAAUAUGAUUUUUAUUCCGUUUGCUUGUUUUCACAGGAAAUGUUUUAUAUCGUGCCAGAAUCUGGACUCGGCCAAAAAAUUCAAAAACACCCUUAAUCAGGCCUUAGCAGAUUGCGGCGGUGUGUUUUGGGAAGACAUUAGGGAUUCGCAGUUGCAAUCACUUCUCAAGGAUAUGACCCGCGAAUAUUUUAUUAACGGCGGAAAGGCAAAAAAAGCAGUAACUGUUGUUGGAAGACAAGGUAUUCUAAAGCCUGGAUCAAAACGGCAACCAGAGAACGAUGUAUAUGUUUUCAACGAGUCUCUGCAGGUAUGCAUAUAAAAGAAUAUAUAAAAGGCAGUUUUACACCAUUUUUUAUUGCUUUUGUCCAAUUUGUAAACAUGAUCUACAUGACAUCAGCUGAGCUCCAUUUAAACUAGAUUUAGCACUCCGUCUCUCUUUUGUAGAGAGUUUCCAACUCUGCAUGAUAAGAUAUCUAUAUAUACUUGACUCGCGGUCAAGUAUACCGUAUUUUCUCGUUUAAUCGCUGUGGCGCUCCCUUUGAAUUUUUGUUUCUGUGCAUUUUCAGUUUAAUUGGGAAGGAGAAAUAAUUGAUACAAAUGACCGAGAAUAUAUGUGGAUGGAUUCGUAUCUAUGCCCUAGUGAAGAUAAAGAUCUCUUCGUGUCCAACGCUGAGUUGAAGAUUGACGUCCCUGAUUCGCCAGUAUUUUUCAGUUGGAAUAAUUUCCUUGAUUCAGCACUGCCCGUCCUAAACGUAAAUUAUUACCAAUCACUGAUGAUGCUGGCUGGAUCUAUUGCUUGUUUUCACUACCCUUACUCAAUUCAAAUUGCAGGUAGGUUCUGGUAACAUAUUUUAUUUAGGUAUUUGUAUAUUUAGUUUUGUUGCCUCCGAUCUUCUUCAUUAUAUGAUUCUAUCUAGUAUACUAAAUGCCAUCCCCUAAAUAGCGAUUCAAAUCCUGGGCCACAUUUUAUUUCGUGCAUGCGAAGUUGGGCAAGGCGAAGCGAACAAAAUAGUGUUGGAGCCUAAAAUCCUAUACUAGAUCCGGUCCUCUAUCGUGUGUGAGAAAAAUUUCUUUGGCGUUUUUUGUUCCCCAACUUUUUCUCAGCUGGAAGAAAAUACAUUGCAUAUUUGCUGUUUCUUUUUGUAGAUGCGUGCCCAGCUCCAACAGCCAUAGGCCCUCCUGGUUCUGGGAAAUCAACCACAAUCCAUUUGGUAUCGAAGAUGCUUGGCUGUAAUGUCGAAUCACAAGCCACAUGUGAAGUGAUACAAAGUUUAAUUAGUAAAACCACAGUACCGCUAUGCUGGGAUGAUCCUACCUACCCGUCAAGUGUCAAAUCGUUAUUGACUGGCUCCUUCGACUCGAAAGGUAAACGAACAAAGGGCAGAGGAAAGGAAAUACCGCUCACGAAUGUUGUGUUGGCGGUGAAUUUCGAACUGGAUGAUGACAUAAGGUAACUAUACAUACUUUAUUUUCUAUUUAUUUUCAGUGUUACAAUAGUUGUAUAAAAACACAUUUGCAGUAUAAUAUCAGUGUAUUUCAUUUUAUACGCUCUUUUUCAGAUGUUUCGAAAGAAUCGUUCCUGUCGUAUACAGUGCACCUUUUGCUCCAGAAGAUCCAACGAAGUACCGACAAGCAAAAGAUCACUUGGAAGAACAAACAAACACUGGGUGCCUUCCAUGGAUUAUCAAGCUAGGUGGAAAAUUAGUCAACAACAAGAACUUGGUUGAUCAACAGAUUGCCUAUUUCAGAGAAAAAGAUCCUGCUUUACCCCCACGUGUUCACAAAUUAUAUGGCCUUUACAAGGCAAUUGUCAUUGAGGUGAAAACUUUUUUUCUCAGUUGGGCAGGUCAUUCAUAAAGUAGUUAGCAAGGCAGUACUCGAGCUUUGCCACUUUAAUAAUACCAAGAAAAGAAUACACCCUUAGUCACUUUGGCUAUAAAGCCUUGUUUUCACGUACGUAACAUCAGUUAACGCCCAAGUCGUAACAGCAGUUAAGUCUCAAACAUGGAAUGGUGAACCAUAUAUGCUAUUUGUGACUAAAUAGAAAACUGAUAGCGAAUUAAAACACCCAUUUCAAAAAACCCCGCUUAUUUAUCAUUUCUAGAUUAUUAGCGAGUACAAUGCUGGAGACUUUGGAACUACUCCACCUUCAAUAUCAUCGGAAGAGUUUGAAGAAUAUCUGGAUAAAAUAUUCCUUCCCUAUGUUCGGAAAGUCAUUCUGCCAAGUUCCAGCGCUCUCAAACCCAUGAAGCAAUUGCAGGACGUCUCAGAAUUUUUCCAAUGUCUUAAAGAGAGCUUAAAAGAUGUUACUGGCCUUGAUAAGGUAUACUAUUAUAGGUGCUUUUGACGUAUCGUAAAAUAUUAUGAAUAAUCAGUAAGUAGGGGGAGUGCUAAUCAUCCUUACUUGCGGCCAAGAGUUAAGCUGAAGUGCGAAGCACGCACCUCAUACUGACCCAAGUCAACGGCUUAGAAAGGGCGCCUCUGGCUAACACCAAUACCACACAAUUCACGUCUGAUCAGGGAGCACAACUGUACGAUGAAACAGUAGGGUUUUUUGGGAUUUAUCCCGAUCCAUUCUGUCAAUAUUUCUUGUGGGAGGAAACCAGAGUACCUGACGAAAACGGUUUUUCGGUAAUGGUUGACAUCAGUGUCACGAGACCGCAACAAGAAUUGAAUCCACGUUCUGAAUGAAUGAAUGAAUCUAUUAUAAAUUACAAUUACAAAUUACAGAUCUUAACAUAUAUAACAUAACAUAACUACAAAACAUCGUAAGCCGUAUAGUGGCGAGGAAAUCCAAAAUGGAAACUAAAAAGCUUAUUUUGAAUUUAGAUUGCCUCAUGGUAUAAUUAUAUUUACGUCAUUUCAUUCAAAUAAAAUAAAGAUAUUAUGUACAUACAUAUAUUUAUAGGUGAAAGGCGCUUGCUCAGACAACUUCGCCUCUAAGACCGAUUCUCUCACUUGAUAAAUCUCAUGCAAUGCCCGCAAGGAACGCUGGUCUUAGCAGUCAUCGCCUGGGAAAAUUUCGAAUUUGAAUUGUUUAAUUUUCCAGGGCAACGACUACUAAGACCAGCGUUCCUCGUGGGCAUCAAGCCUUGUGACGUCAUUAUGCAUAAGAUCUGUUGGAGCUCAAUGGACCUUUCACCUUUUUGACUAAAAUUUAGAUCUCAACAAGUCUAGACAAAAAUUCUAUCACAGCUUGAAAGAGCAUCACAAAAUUAGUAAUAUUCCAAAGUUUCGUUGCGAAAUGUUGUAAAAUGCGGAUAUAGUUUGCAAUUUUCAGUCAUUUUGUAUUACGCGCGGGAAAUACAUACUGGUUUUCUCGAUUUCCCGCGCGUAAUACAAAAUGACUGAAAAUUGCAAAUUUUGCAAGGCUAUAUAAUCCGCAUUUUACAACAUUUCGCAACGAAACUUUGGAAUAUUACUAAUUUUGUGAUGCUCUUUCGAGCUGUGAUAAAAUUUUUGUCUAGACUUAUUGAGAUCUAAAUUUUAGUCAAAAGGUGAAAGGUCCAUUUACAAUACUUCUGCGCUGGGCCUUGGUCUCUCGUGUUAAAAUGAGUCUUGGUUUAGUCAGUCCACUCACCAUUAUAGCAACUUUAUAAGGCUUAGAAGAGCCCGAAAGUAUUGUACUUUAUCACGCAAAUUUGGAUAAUAUCAUUUUAAUCCGUUUACAGGAAUUGCAAAAAUGCGUACGUCCCUAUGUCCUCACAACAACAAAAGACGGAUAUGCAAUGCAUAUGAUCUUGCCAGACGUAUUAGCAAUUCUGAAGAACAGAACGGCCGAUACACCUGCGGCAUUCAAUUUAAGGAAAUUGAGAAAAUCUAUUGAAAAUUGCGAGGGAACAUCGGUUGACCACUCGGGGUUUUUUGAAGGUGUACAGCGCCGCUGCGUCAAAAUUCCAAGAAGUAUGUUGGAUGAAGACCUACUUGAACUUAUUGACAAAGGUACAAUAAAAACAAAUAUAUUUCCAGUUACCAACAUACCAUUCAAAAAUAAUCGCCAUGCAUAACAUUCAUCAGUGAACAUGACCUCAUAGCAAGCUCAUAAAAACACCCCAUUUAUAUAAUUAGGCCACUAAAUAAUUGGUAUCAAGCAAAGAUAAGACAAUUUGACAAAUUUGACAGUAACAAUCAGGGCUGUAAGAAUUGAACAACUGAGUGGUUAAUUUAUUUUAGAGAAUAGUCGUAAUGGCCAUGCAAGAGAUUUGCAAAAUUUUCAAACAUGAUUGCAUAAAGCAACCAAAUUAAUUCAAAUAAACAAUAACGACAAAUGUAAAAGGAAAACACAACUGAAGUUCGAACUGCAUACCAAAAUGUAUCCUAUUCUACUCUUGUAUAGCUUGUGGCAAAGAUGGGCACGAAGGUGGAAAUGAAGAUAGGAACGACGGUUGCCGAAAUACGAACGAAAUCAUCGACAAUUUGAAGAAAAAUUUGAAUGCUUCAGAGGAGCACAACUGCUCACUAAUAAGUGAUAAAAAGAAGCUAGAAGACGAUCUGUCAAGUGAGAAGAUCAAGUUUGCCCGAGCUGAAGAGAGAAUAAUAAAUCUGGAGAAGGAUUUUGCACAAAGAGAAAAGCAGUGGAAGGUGAAAGAGAAAGAGCUAUGUGACACCAUAAGAAAACUGCGUCCUCAGCCUCAGUUGGAAAGAAGUGUUCAUGACACAUCUUGUGAAAGCAUUGUAGCAACUUCAUUCGCCACUGUUGUUUGCAAUGAAGGUAAUUAUUCAUAGAUUUCCUCAUUGACACAUUGUCAAUUCCCGUCAAACAAGCCUUUAAAGUUUCCCUGAACAGCAGGUCCAUAGUAUUGUUACCAGGGCCGCCCAGAGGUUGGCGGGGGCCCGGGGCAAAUUUUUUUAGGGGCUCCUAUCUAAAAAAACAACCUUCCCCCCCCCCGUCGCCAAAACAUUUUCGGUCAGUGUACCAUUUUAGGAGUAAAAAAAUUUUUCCGGAGUACAAAAUUUUUCCGGACGAGUACGUUGCAAUUGCUUUCGAGGGACUUUAUCUCAUUUUUUUAUGCCAAAAUUCGGUACUUAGCCCAAGAAAACAGAUAUCUUGUCCUUUGCGCGGAAAUAUUUAACACACAAAAAAGGCUGGGGCCCAACAAAAAUUUUUCAGGGGCCCCCAGCAACUCGGGGCCCGGGGCAAUUUGCCCCCUUUGCCCACCCCUCUGGGCGGCCCUGAUUGUUACAGUGUCAUGCAACAUCUACUGUGUUAAUGGGAUUAAUCACAUUCUACAUCUGUUGAAUCUGGGAUGCCACAACCACUAUUACACUGGUAAUUUAUGUUUGUAUAGAUACGUAUCAGCCAACGCCAUCAUCCAUGGGAGAAAAACGUUCGCUCGAUGGUAAGUGUAGGCAGUAGUGCAAUAAUGCAUUUACAGCGUCACUGAAUUACUCUAAUAUAAUUAUUUAUAUAUUUUUGAUAAUAUACUCAUUACAGAUAGUGGAAUUUCUUUGGAUGACAAUGAAGAAGUUGCCAAAACGCCAAAGGCUUUUGCUGAUGGACAAAAAAGUAAUGUAAAAUUUGUUAAUCCAACUUAUUUCAUUUAUUAUCUACAGUAUCUAUUUGUUAUCUAAGAUGUGACAAAACAUUGGUCUAAUUUAAAAGACAUUGAUUGACAGAAACGUCUCCAACAUGCAAAUCUAUCGUAUUUACAAAAUAUGUCCUUGCCCUUGGAUUAUUUACAACCAACUGUACAUACAAUGUCAAAAAUAUAUCUAAGACUAAGCCUAUAUACAGUUCGCCUGUACGUCAUUUAUGUAAAACGUGUAAUCGCGAAAAGGCAGAUUCAACCUUAUGAAGGAAAUAGUACUUAUGAGUUAUGAACAGCUCAUAACAAUUCAAUUUUUUACUUUAUGUAGAGAAACGGAGAUCAAACGAAAUUGAUAGGUUGAAGGACAGUUUACACAAGGGCAUUGUAGAAGGUAUUUGAAUUGUUAUAGCGAAGAAUCUAAUGAAAUUUUUGUCUUGGCCACAAGUUUACACAGAGCGCUUUUAUUUUAGCUUUCAAUUUUACCCAAAGCGGAUCUUACAGUCAAUUUCAGCUGACUUUUCAUCGUAAGAUUCCGAACUUCGCAAAUUCGUUGCCAAGUUCAAAAGUUCAUAAUGAAAUUCACAAACAGGUUUGUAAACUGGGCAUUUGAUUGGCUGGUUUGAUUUAAUAACCAAUCAGAGGCUUUGUUUACAAACCUGCAUGUUUGUGAAUUUCAUUAUGAACUUUUGAACUUGGCAAACGAAUUUGCGAAGUUCGGAACGAAGUUCGGAAUCUUACGAUGAAAAGUCAGCUGAAAUUGGCUGUAAUAAAGAUCAGAAGAUUGGAAAAAUAUUCUUAAUAUUGUAGUAAAAAUAACUUAAAUGUACUUCUAGGCACUUUCUUUAUUUGGCACAUUGUUUCUUUAGGCAGCUUAAGAAAGUCGACGCCUUUAUUAGUCAUUGGGUCUACAGUUCUUGUUGAAAACAUUUUACAACCUUGCUGAAACUCACUUCGCUCGCUUGCUUGCUUAAGCUCUCUAAUUGUAAAAAAUACUGGUCCUUUUUUCAAAUGAUACAAAUAACGUAUUUCCAAUAUUUAGUCGCAAGUCUCUUCUUAGCCCCUCCCCAAUAAGUAGCACCAGUCAAGACUCGUACUCAUUUGAGGAUGAUUGUGAUUCUUGACUAUGAAAAAUGAGAAACUUAACGAGUUAACUCUUUGCCAUUGUUUUCCUGUUUCAGGCACAAGAUCAGAGCAGAGAAUAAUCGAAACAUCGUCAGUAGAAAAUAAAUCGUGUUGA